AUGGCCAGUCUAAAUCUUAAGGAGUUCCUUAAGCGGAAUGAGGAAUCACUGGAAAAUUACCAAGCGCCACCUCUCAUGCGGGAUCUGGUCAACAUGAUACCCGAGUCAGGAACCAUUUGCAUCAUCGAAGUAACUUGUUCAGAUGCUCGAGUUGACCCACGUGACUACUUUGGCGUUGAACUGAAGGCCCUGGUAAUUCGUAACGCAGGUGGUCGGGCCGUUGAUGCUUACCGAAGCCUUGAAGUUAUGGGGACGAUCGCUCCCAUUGGUCUGAUCAUUGUGGUUCAUCACACUGACUGUGGCGCAGUAUUUACUACCGAGGAGGAGAUACGAUCAAAGCUCAGUCACAGAGCCCCUGUACACGCUGCUUCGAUCAAAGACAAGUGGUUUGGUACCUUCAGAGAUAUCGGCCUUGAUGAGAGCAUUCGUCAGGACAUGGAAGAACUUAAGAGAUGGCCAUUUUUACCAGCAGAAACUCAAAUUGUGGGUUAUGCACUCGAUCUUGAGACUGGGACUAUGAGGGAGGUAGCUUAG